GGGGUUCGUUUCUGCUGACUGCAGUGUCCCGAGAGGCGCUGCUGCUUCCGCUUUCUCGCCAGGCCCCUGCAGCCCCAGGCGUGAACCGAGGUUUCUGAACUACUGGGCGGGAGCCAACGUCUCUUCUUUCUCCCGCUCCGGCGGAGGCUUUGUCGCUGCGGGCUGGGCCCCAGGGUGCCCCCCAUGGCGGGGCCGCGGGUGGAGGUCGAUGGCAGCAUCAUGGAAGGGGGCGGCCAGAUCCUGAGAGUCUCUACGGCCUUGAGCUGUCUCCUAGGCCUCCCCUUGCGGGUGCAGAAGAUCCGAGCCGGCCGGAGCACGCCAGGCCUGAGUUCUGGAGGCUGGAAGUCCAGGAUCAAGGUCCUGACAAGGCCUCAACAUUUAUCUGGACUGGAAAUGAUUCGAGAUUUGUGUGAUGGGCAACUACAGGGGGCAGAAAUUGGCUCAACAGAAAUAACCUUUACACCAGAGAAGAUCAAAGGUGGAAUCCACACAGCAGAUACGAAGACAGCAGGGAGUGUGUGCCUCUUGAUGCAGGUCUCAAUGCCGUGUGUUCUCUUUGCUGCUUCUCCAUCAGAACUUCAUUUGAAAGGUGGAACUAAUGCCGAAAUGGCACCACAGAUCGAUUAUACAGUGAUGGUCUUCAAGCCAAUUGUUGAAAAAUUUGGUUUCAUAUUUAAUUGUGACAUUAAAACAAGGGGAUAUUACCCAAAAGGGGGUGGUGAAGUGAUUGUUCGAAUGUCACCAGUUAAACAAUUGAACCCUAUAAAUUUAACUGACCGUGGCUGUGUGACUAAGAUAUAUGGAAGAGCUUUCGUUGCUGGUGUUUUGCCAUUUAAAGUAGCAAAAGACAUGGCAGCAGCAGCAGUUAGAUGCAUCAGAAAGGAGAUCCGGGAUUUGUAUGUUAACAUCCAGCCUGUUCAAGAACCUAAAGACCAAGCAUUUGGCAAUGGAAAUGGAAUAAUAAUUAUUGCUGAGACCUCCACUGGCUGUUUGUUUGCUGGAUCAUCACUUGGUAAACGAGGUGUAAAUGCAGACAAAGUUGGAAUUGAAGCUGCCGAAAUGCUAUUAGCAAAUCUUAGACAUGGUGGUACUGUGGAUGAGUAUCUGCAAGACCAGCUAAUUGUUUUCAUGGCAUUAGCCAAUGGAGUUUCCAGAAUAAAAACAGGACCAGUUACGCUCCAUACGCAAACCGCGAUACAUUUUGCUGAACAAAUAGCAAAGGCUAAAUUUAUUGUGAAGAAAUCAGAAGAUGAAGAAGACACUGCUAAAGAUACUUAUAUUAUUGAAUGCCAAGGAAUUGGGAUGACAAAUCCAAAUCUGUAGAGUAUUUGCCUCUUAAAUGAUAACUCAUUGAUAUAUUGCACUAUUUCAUAAAUACUAUAAAAUAAUGACUGGGAAGUAACUUAUUAAAGGCUAUGACUUAAAUUUGAAGAUGAACUAUAGUGUUCUAGGUUUGCUGAGAAUGCUUCAUCAAAUUAAUCUCACUUUGAAUAUCUCCUGAGAGAUGGACAAUGAAAUAUCAGUCAGUGGAUAUGUGUGAUAGCUGAUUUCAAUAUUGAAGUAUUGAAAUAAAAUAUUCUUUACACCUGAA